AUGGCGUUCCCCGUGCACGCCAUCCGGCUCAUGGCCAUGCAGUAUCGCCCGGUGCCGCGGCUGCGGGCGUCCAAGCGCGCAUCGACGAGCGACGACGAGGCUCGCAUCGUUCGCGAGGAGCGAGAGUCCUACGACGACGACCUGUUCGUUGAUAAGCUCGUUGUCGACCGUAUCACCCGCACCCUCAAGGCCAAAGGAAGGGAACACGAGGUGAACCGUCGCCGCCUUAGGGAUCUGAAGAUGGAGGCAGCCGCCGCGGAGAAGGCCAUCGCGUCGCACGCCUCGGAAGCCGCAGAGAUUGAACCCGGUGAGAAGAAAGGUGAAGGCAACACUAAGGGGUUCCGGAGGAAGAAGAAGAACAUCAUGGGCAAGAAACACAAGAAAAAGUAA